AUGAAGAUGGAGAAGGAUGAGGCAGUGCCCACCUUCUCCCUGGGGGGUAAAUACGCCGGAGAGGGGGCAGGUGAGUCCCUCGUGCCACGGGGGGGUUGGCGAGAGGAGUCGGGGCAGGACGUGGAGGAGAAGCCUUUGCUCCUGUUGAUCUGGUGCCCGCUGCCUAACAGCCUCAUCCCGGCAGGUUGCAGCGAAGCGGCUCUGCCUGGUGGCCCGAUGCCGGUGGCGGGGAGCGGAGGGACCCCAGCCCAGGACCUGCGGUCACUGAAGCGCAGACCUGUCCCAGGCAAGCACUACCAGUGCUCAAGCUAUGGCUGCAAACUGGCCUUCCCCAGCAUGCAGGAGCUGAUGGACCACCUGAAGGUCCACUACAGACCCACGCAGUCCCUCGAGGGCAAAACCUUCCAGUGCCCCACACUGGGCUGCACAGAGACCUUCCCCAGCAUGCAGGACCUCAUGGCCCACAUGAAGGUGCACUACAAGCCAAACCGCUACUUCAAGUGUGAGAACUGCAUGCUGCGCUUCCGGACGCACCGCUCCCUCUUCAAGCACCUGCACGUCUGCUCCGACAGCGCCAGCAGCCCCGCGCCGCCCCCCAAAGCCGACAAGCCCGUCCUGCCUGCUACCUCUGCCCUGGAGAAGGAGCCCCCGGCCAAGCCACCCGAGGGGCUGCCCAAGCUCCGGCCCCCGGAGAAAGAAGCCAUCCUCCCCGGCGCGGACAUUGCCCCGGCAGCCCCUGCCGCGCUCCCCACCAGCCUCCCCGAGCUGCCUGGCUCGCUGGAGGCGCUGCCGCUGGGCUCGCCGGCCCCCCACCCCUUCCCGCUGUUGGAGCCCAGCCUUUUCGGGCCGUCGUCCUUGACUCGGUUCUCGGGGCCACCCCCCUCCUCGGUGCCAGGGCCGUUCCUGUCCUACGUGCACCCUUCGCCCUACAGCUUGCCCCAGCCCCCGGCGCAGCAUCGCCUCCGGCCCUACGUGCCGGGCCACGGUCCCCCCGUCUCCAACGCCGUCUGGAAGAAAAGCCAAGGUGUGAGUGUCAGCCCACUCCUCCCAUGCUUUGGCUCAGGAGUGACUCCAGGGCACUCCUCCAACAGCCGCAUCGUGUGGGAGCACACGCGGGGCCGCUACACCUGCAUGCAGUGCCCCUACUCCACCGCCUCGCGGGAGGAGAUGACCCUGCACAUCGAGGACCACCGCAAGAACCCCCCGCCGCCCGCGCGCCUGGACGCAGAGAUGGAUUUUGGGGUGGGCAUCACCUCCUUCCAUGCCAAGCUGACGCCGGAGAUGGAGAACUCCGUGUACUCCCAGCUCUGA